GGCUAAUAAACACACAAACUUGCUCUCAAAAAAAUCGUCUAUCUUUCCAAAGGGAUCAUGGUGAAUUUCGACAGAUUCAAGAUCUGUUCUUGAAUUGGAUUGUUGUAUCCUCAAGACAGACCCAUCCCAGGGAAAUUUUUGUCUUAGGACACUGCUCAAGCAGGCCUCAAUCUCUACAAUUUCGUGGUUAUAUUUCUGUGUAAUCAUCAAACAAGCGCUACUGCAAGCGUGUUCAUUUGCAUGCUGCUAUGGGACAAGAGGAGUCUGAAGAUAUAUACUAUCCACAUAAGAUCGUUAAAUUGGUUGAGGAAAAGAUGAAGUUAAUUGAUGUCUUACCAUGCAAGAAACCAGUUGAAGAAAGAAAAAGGUUCAAAUGUACUCCAAGAGUAGAGAAGAACAAGAAGGUGGAGAUUGUGAAGAACCAUAUAACCCAGGAGUUGGAAAAGUUCAUUACGAAUAAGCUGAAGGGGACAGAAGUGAAGGUGGUGAUCCAGAAAACGUUGUACAAAAGUGAUCUGGAGGAAAACCAGAACAGGUUGAGUAUGCCGAUGAAACAAGUGAUCAAACCGGAUGAGUUCUUGAGGAAAAAUGAGAAAGAAGAUUUGGAGAAUGGAAAGGAGUUUGAGGGGAAAUUGUGGGGGCCAAGAUUAGAGAUGCAUAAGAAGCCGAUGAUGUUGAAGAUGUGGCAUAUGAACAGCACCAGCAACUACGUCCUUAAAACCGAGUGGAACCGCUUUGUGAAGGCGAAUGAAAAGGAUUUGGAGAUAAACAAAAAGAUUCAGGUUUGGUCGUUUCGCAGAGAAGAGAAGCUGUGCUUUGCAAUUGCAUGUUUGGACAGAGAUGUUGACGGACAAAACGACGCCGCUGCAGCACCCAUCAUUUAGUCCUCUAAUUUGAUUCUUUAUUCUUAUUUGGGUUAAUUAUAUUCAAACAUUGUAGCCUUCUGGUAUAUAUCUGAUCACGUGUUAUUAAAGCUUUGACAAUUUCUGUUGGUUUCAAGAUAUUUAACGAUAAAUAAUUUCCUAACGAAGUUUGAUCACACGGAUUUUUGUUUAUUAGAAUAAUGAUAAUUAUUUCAAAAUGAAUAAUAAUUUGAUGAUGAAACUGAGCAUAGCGUCCACUGUUGUUUGCUUGCACAAGAGGAAAAAAACUGAAGACUGGUCAAUGGUCAAGAUUCGCUUCAAGAAAAUAGAGUUUUCUGGGAUUUUUCCUUUGAUCAAUCAAACUUGAUGACCAAGACAUCAUAUGUAUGUAUAUAAACAAAUACACAGCUGCUUGUUUUAAUCACAUACAUACUUAUUAAGUUAACCAAGAAAUCAAAGAAAAACAUUAUCCACUUCUUGCGAGAAUUGAGAUGGGUAGCAAUGAGAAGAAGAAUCUAAAUUGGUUCUCGUGGAUGUUCAACUGCUUUUCUUUCAAAUCAGAUGAAGGAAAAACUACAAAGGACACGGGAGCUGUAGUUAAGCCUAAUUGUGGCCCAGAGGCAACCAUGAUCGCAGCCGCAAGACACUUUUCCACCUCCCAUAAAGCUUUAGUCAAUUAGUUUCUUAUAAAAGUCAGCCCCUUUGAAUCGAAGGUCUUGUAACACCCAUUGACACAAUUGUAGGAUGACAAAAACAAUGGCUGUUGAAGUAUAAGGAAGUUACAACGGCUAAGAUUGGUUAGCAGUUAUGUGAGUUACUCUCCUGAAAGUUAGUUAUGCAGCUAAAGUAUGUUAAAGGGUAUAUACCCCUUGUGUAUGUGUAUGUAUAUUAGUCAAACUUGUGUUUAUGUAUAAAGUAUAAACUAAUGACUUUAAAAUAAAAGAAAAGAAUUCUAAAAGCA